GUGACAUGUGAUUAAUUGAAUAAACUACGCGUGUGAUGAGAAUGAUAGAUACAUAGCGCGUGGUUAAGACAAAGAACAGCAAAAACUUGAAAAUGUCGCCACAAUGACCCUACCGGAAAAAAAAACAAAACCCAACAACCAUAACCAUCCACCACCGUAUCGUAACUUCUCCGUCAAACAUUCAACCACUCUCUAACCACCGUACUUUCCCUUCAACAAAUGGAUUCCCAAUCUCAAUCUCAAUCCCAAUCAAUUCCCCUUCCGAUGGAACCUCCCGAAGAUCUCUCCUCCGUUUGGGACCUCUCUGACCUUCUCGACUUCAAUCUCGACGACGAAAUUCCACAACUCCCUCUUCUCCCAAACCCUAACCCUAACCCUAACGAAACUAAUACUUAUAAUAAUGAUAACAAUGAUAAGAUCCGAAAACGUGACCCGAGAUUAACUUGCUCCAACUUUCUCGCGGGUUAUGUACCAUGUGCAUGUCCUGAACUCGAUGCUUUGCUUGAAGAUAAAGGUUUACCGGGAAAGAAACGCGCUCGGACGGUGCGUGCUUCUACAUCGGCGCGGUGUCAAGUUCCUGGUUGUGAAGUUGAUAUCUCUGAACUUAAAGGCUAUCACCGACGACAUAGGGUUUGUUUGCGAUGUGCUAAUGCUGUUACUGUUGUUGUUGAUGGUGAAGCCAAAAGAUACUGUCAACAGUGUGGAAAGUUUCAUGUUUUACCGGAUUUCGAUGAAGGGAAACGGAGUUGUAGACGAAAAUUGGAGCGUCAUAAUAAUAGGAGGAGGAGAAAGCCUGCUGAUUCUGUAGCUGGAGUUGAUAAUGAACUUCAAACUGUUACUCAAAAUGAUGAUUCCAAUUGUGAUGGAGAAGCAGGAAUAGAUUAUUCGAAUUUGAGUAGUGAGAAUAUUGAAAAAAGAGUGUUGCUGGAUCAUGAAGAAGAACCGGUUGUUACUGGGUCCUCAACUCCAGAGACUCAGAAUGUUAAUGGUGAUGGUGUUGUCUCCUUUGCUGCUUCUGCUGAAGAACAAGUGAAUAUUGGAAAAGAUGUUUCCAAUCUUUCCAAGUCACCUUCAUUUUGUGACAAUAAGAGUGAUUAUUCGUCUAUGUGCCAAACAGGUCGGGUUUCUUUUAAGCUUUACGAUUGGAAUCCUGCGGAAUUUCCUAGAAGGCUGCGGCUUCAAAUAUUCCAAUGGUUGGCAAGUAUGCCUGUGGAGCUGGAGGGAUAUAUCCGCCCUGGAUGUACAAUCCUUACAAUUUUUAUUGCAAUGCCAAGUGUUAUGUGGAUAAAUUUACUCAAAGAUCCUAUGUAUUAUGUGCGUGAACUUGUUGCUCCCAGAAAUAUGCUAUCUGGAAGAGGCACCGCUCUAAUUCAUCUGAAUGACAUGAUCUUCCGUGUUAUGAAAGAUGGAAGUUCUGUGAUGAAAGCCGAGGUAAACGAGCAGGCACCUAAGCUUCACUAUAUUCAUCCCACAUGCUUUGAAGCAGGAAAACCCAUGGAGUUUUUUGCUUGUGGAAGUAACUUGCUGCAGCCUAAGUUUCGGCUUCUUGUAUCUUUUUAUGGGAAGUAUCUGAAGUAUGAGUAUUGCGUUCCGUCUCCACAUAACUGGGCUGAAGACAAUACUUCUUGUGCUUUUGAUAAUCAGUUAUAUAAGAUAUGUGUCCCUCAUAUUGAGGAAAAUCUCCUGGGGCCUGCAUUUAUUGAGGUUGAUAAUGAGUCUGGUUUAUCAAACUUCAUUCCUGUACUUAUUGCGGAUAAAGAAGUUUGCACUGAAAUGGAGAUACUGCAACAAAAACUUGAUGCCUCUUUCCGUUCUAAACAAUUUCGGUCUGCAUCUGGUGGUUCUGUUUGUAGCUCAUGUGAAGCUUUUGUACAUACUCACACAUCAUCAUCAGACUUGCUUGUAGAUAUAGCAUGGUUACUUAAGGACCCUGCUUCAGAAAAUUUUGAUAGAAUGAUAUCUGCUUCACAAAUUCAAAGAUAUUGCCAUUUGUUGGAUUUUCUAAUAAGCAAUGAUUCAACUAUCAUUUUGGGAAAAAUAUUGCCAAAUUUGAUAAUUUUAACAGAAAGCAUGAAAUCCAAUAUAAAUGAUGUUGACAUGUUCCAACUACUGAAGUGCAUGCAAAAUGCCAAAGAUGUUAUUUGUCAGAAAGGUGGAGGUUUAGUUUUGCACUCCAAAACGGAUGACUUUAAACCCGGUCAAUGCUGUUCCCAAGAUGACAAGUUAUCAGUUGUUGAAGUUAAUAGUCAGGGUAUCCAGUUUAGAGUAGAUGCAGAGUUGGGAGUUCCGAGAAGUCUCCCGUCUGAUGAAAAAAGUCAGAAGAUACCGCUUCUGAAAAGGGAUAUUAUAAUGAAUAUGGAAGAGUUUCCCAGAAGAUAUGACCGUCGAAAUCUUACCAGGGGAUUCUUGAGCUCUCGGCCAACUAUUUUUGUCCUUGUUUCAGUUGUUGUUUGUCUUAUGGUAUGCGUAUCCAUAUUUCAUCAUGGGAGGGUUAAUGAGUUAGCAGUAUCCAUUAGAAGGUGUUUGUUUAACCAUUAAUUUUAUUUUAUUUUCAAUUUUUUUGAUUUUAUUUACUACUUGGUACAUAUUUGUUGUAACACUAAAUAAAAUAGGUGUCAUUAGGACAAGUAGGUACUAGUAUUUUACUACAUUGGAACAUGGAAGUUCAGUUCAAACUGUUUGAUUUGUGGAUUUUCAAUUUAGAUUUCCUGGAUAAAAGCAAUAGGUGCUAAUUAUGAACCCAAUAUUAUGGGUAGAAGGCAUAAUUAGGCCUACUACAAGGUUAUUACAACAUAAUAAUACAUCUUGUUCAUUA